ACCCCACCCCCCCGCACGGCGUUCAGGGGCCGGUGAUCUCCGUCAGCCGCCCCCCCCCCGACCUCUCUUCGUCUUCAUCGUCUUGUUCUCUCGCCUCUCCCAACUUUCUCUGAGGUUCCCUCUUUCCCCGCUCCCUCGCUCGUCCUCUGAAGCAGCCUGACUGGAGGGGGGUCCUGACCGGGGGGGGGGGUCACUGAUACAGACUCCAUAAGGAACGGACAGCCGGGCAGGAGCGGAGAAUCUGCGGAGGACUCGUGUCUCUCUCUUCCUCUUCCUCCUUCUUUCUCUCCACCUCUCUAUUUAUUUAUUUGCACUUGUUUUGCCCUGGCACACUCCUCCCCCCAUCCCUCAAUCUCUACCCAUGCAUUUCCACCCCCGUCCCCAUCCCACCUCCCCCACCCCCCCCAACAGCAAGAGAUAAUGUGACCUUCUGCCAAAGAGCUGGAACCCAUGACUCUCUCCCAGCAGCCCUGCAAUACUGAAAUAGACUCAAACAAGUGAGGACAGAGAGAGUGUGUGAGAGGGAGGGAAGACAGAGGGAGAGAGAGAGGGGGAGAGAGAGAGAGGGAGGGAGGGAGGGAAGAGAGGGAGCGUGAAAAAACAAAAAAGGAAGGUAGAAGCCACAGACGAGGAAUGCGUCUUCGGGAGACCGGGCUGGAUGCGGAGAGCGGACGCAGGUCGUAGGUGGCUGAGAUGGGAGUUCCUUUAGGGCGGUUGAGCGCCUCCCUGUGGCCGUUGCUGCUACAGCUGCUCUGCGCUGCCCCCUGCUGCCUGGGCCGGCCGUUCGCGCCGCCGCCGCCGCCCGCGGUCAACGUGGCGGUGGUGUUCAGCGGCUCCGCCUACCAGACGGAGAUCAAGGGCCGGCUGAGCCGGGAGAACUUCCUGGACCUGCCGCUGGAGGUGAACCCCAUCACGGUGCUGGUGAACAACACCAACCCUCGCACGCUGCUCACGCGCGUGUGCGACACGCUGGCCUCCAGCCGCGUGCACGGCGUCGUCUUCGAGGACAACGUGGGCUCCGAGGCGGUGGCGCAGAUGCUGGACUUCAUCUCCGUGCAGACGGGCGUGCCCAUCGUGGGCAUCAGCGGGGGGUCCGCCGUGGUGCUGCCGUACAAGGGCGAGGGGUCAGCCUUCCUCCAGCUGGGUUCGUCCAUCGAGCAGCAGGUCAACGGGAUGUUCAAGGUGAUGGAGGAGUACAACUGGGACAACUUCGCCGUCAUCACCAGCCUGUACCCCGGGUACGAGGCCUACGUGGACUACAUCCGCUCCUUCACCGACACCAGCUACUUCCUGUGGGACCUGCAGGACGUGCUGACCUUCGACAUGUCGGAGGGGAUGAGCGACAUCCGGGCGCGCCGGGUGCUGCAGCAGGUGGACGCGCAGGUGCUGCUGGUGUACUGCUCGCACGACGAGGCGCGCUUCCUGUUUCGCAUGGCCGCCGACGUGGGCCUGGUGGGGCCCGGCUACAUCUGGAUGCUCCCCGGCGUGGCGGUGGGGAACCCGGACCUGCCCCCCCCCGACAGCUUCCCCGUGGGACUCAUCAGCAUCAUCACCGCCCGCUGGAAGCUCAGCCUGAGGAAGAGGGUGCGGGACGGCGUGGCCAUCGUGGUCAAGGGCGUGCAGAGCUUCCGCAAGUACCAGGGGCCCCUCCCGGAUGAGCACGCAGACUGCCGCGGGGGCCCCCGGGCCCCCAGCAACAACACACUCUUUAAGCAUAUGCUGAACGUGUCCUGGGAACACAAGGACUUCUCCUUCAACAGCGAUGGUUACCUGAGCAACCCGUCCAUGGUCGUCAUCACCCUGGACCGCGAGCGCCAGUGGGACAAGGUGGGGGACUUCGCCUCAGGGAUCCUGCAGAUGCGCUACCCGGUCUGGCCGCGGUUUGGGAGGUACCUGGAGGCGGUGUCGGAUAACCGGCACCUGACGGUGGCCACGCUGGAGGAGCGGCCCUUCGUCAUCGUGGAGAGCGUGGACUCGGCCACCGGCACCUGCGGCAGCAACACCGUGCCCUGCCGCCGGCAGUCCAACAAGACCGAGGCCAUCGUGGGCCACACGGAGCCGUACACCAAGCUGUGCUGCAAGGGCUUCUGCAUCGACAUCCUGAAGAAGCUCUCGCGCAACGUCAAGUUCUCCUACGACCUGUACCUGGUCACCAACGGCAAGCACGGCAAGCGGGUCCGCGGCACCUGGAACGGGAUGAUCGGAGAGGUGGUCUACAAGCGAGCCGACAUGGCCAUCGGAUCCCUGACCAUUAACGAGGAGCGCUCGGAGAUCAUCGACUUCUCCGUCCCCUUCGUGGAAACGGGCAUCAGCGUGAUGGUCGCCAGGAGCAACGGCACCGUCUCCCCCUCUGCGUUUCUGGAGCCCUACAGCCCGGCUGUGUGGGUGAUGAUGUUCGUCAUGUGUCUGACGGUGGUGGCCGUCACUGUCUUCGUCUUCGAAUACUUCAGCCCUGUGGGAUACAACCGCAGCCUCGUCAGUGCCAAAGAUCCAGGGGGCCCCACCUUCACCAUCGGGAAGUCAGUCUGGCUGCUCUGGGGCAUCGUCUUCAACAACUCCGUCCCCAUCGAGAACCCCAAGGGCACCACCAGCAAGAUCAUGGUGCUGGUGUGGGCCUUCUUCGCCGUCAUCUUCCUCGCCAGCUACACCGCCAACCUGGCGGCCUUCAUGAUCCAGGAGCAGUACAUCGACACCGUGUCGGGGCUCAGCGACAAGAAGUUCCAGAAGCCCCAGGAGCAGUACCCGCCCUUCCGGUUCGGCACGGUGCCCAACGGGAGCACGGAGAGGAACAUCCGCAGCAACUACCCGGAGAUGCACGCGCACAUGGUGAAGUACAACCAGAAGGGCGUGGAGGACGCGCUCAACAGCCUCAAAACAGGGAAGCUGGACGCCUUCAUCUACGACGCGGCCGUGCUCAACUACAUGGCGGGGAAGGACGAGGGCUGCAAGCUGGUGACCAUCGGCAGCGGGAAGGUCUUCGCCACCACCGGCUACGGCAUCGCGCUGCAGAAGGAGUCGCCCUGGAAACGGCCCAUCGACCUGGCGCUCCUCCAGUUCCUGGCCGACGGCGACACGCAGAAGCUGCAGACGGUGUGGCUGACGGGAAUCUGCCGGAACGAGAAGAAGGAGGUGAUGAGCUCCAAGCUGGACAUCGACAACAUGGCGGGCGUGUUCUACAUGCUGCUGGUGGCCAUGGGCCUCAGCCUGCUGGUCUUCUCCUGGGAGCACCUGCUCUACUGGAAGCUUCGCCACUCCGUGCGCAAGUCAGAGCGCCUCGACUUCCUGCUCGCCAUCAGCAGGGGCAUCUACAGCUGCUUCAGCGGGGUGGAGGAGUCGGACCGGGACGGGAGCAUGCAGUCCCCGGACAUCACCGGGAGCUACUCGCAGGCCAACAUGCUGAAGAUGCUGCAGACGGCCAAAGACCUGGUGUCCUCUACGCGCGUGGAGGACUCGCUGGACCACGCCACCCGCGCCAUCGAGAGCUGGAGUCGCCGCGGCGACGGCAUCCGCGUGGGGGCCCCGCCCCCCCGAGUGCCGGCCCUGGAGAUGGACCUGGGCCGCCUGCCCUAUGUCUCCAGCGUUACCGCCAACCACUCCCCCGGCCCCCAGCGCGCCCAUCACUACGGCGACGGGCACGCCCACACCAUGGUGGAGCGGCACGGGGCCCUGGCGAGACCCACCCCCCUGCGCUACACCCUGCCCGCCCGCGGGACCCACCUGUACGACCGCACGCUGCCCGUGUCCAGCCUCAGCAGCCCCCACAUCGCCAUGAGGGACCCCCCCGCGCCUGCCGCCGCCGCCCCCCUCCAGGGGGGGGCGCUGUACAUGGAGUCGCCCCCGCUGCAGCCCGUCUCCCCCUUCAUCUCGUACCGGGACGUCCCGCUGUCGGAGGUGUACAUCGAGCAGGAGGGGCCCGUGGGGCGCAGACUGCACCCCGAUGGCCCCGCCCGGAAGAAGCGGUCCCACAGCUUCCUGGUGUCGGACCCGGACCCCCGCGGGAGGCCCGAUUAUGGCGGAGCGCCCGCCUGCUUCGCCGAGCUGAGAGCCAAUCACCUGCUGGAGAACCACGCCCCCACCAGCCUGCCCGGCAUGGGCGGGACCUACCCCCGCGGGCCGGGCCCCAGGUGCGGGUCGUGUGCCCGCCCGUACGCGGACCCCGAGCUGGACGAGCUGCCCCUGCUGGGGCGGGACAGGCUGAACCGCCGCGCCUCCUUCCUGCGGGCCACCUGGGGCGGCGACCGCAUCCGGCAGCUGGACGAGCCGCAGGGCGCCGCGGCCCGGAGCUCCGCCCCCGAGCGACCCGACCUGUUCCCCCGCGUGGUGGUGGCCAACCCCUCCCCAGGGAAGCUGUGCUCCAGGGCGGGGGCCGGGCUGUGCUACCCCGUCCCGACGGACCACGCCUACCCCAGCACCGGCCGGAGCGACCGGCACAGGGCCCACAGGUCGGCCCGCUCGCCCGCCGCCCGCCCCGCCGCCACCCGCCUGCCCUCGUACGGCGAGGCCAUCCUGCAGAACGCGGCGGCCCUGCGCCGGUCCUCCACCGUGGUGCACAGACAGUUCUCCACCUACCUGAACUCCUACGCCGACCUGCCCGUCUACCUGGGCCCCGCCCACUUCUACCAGCACUCGCGGGAGACCUGCGACCUGUUCCCCUGCGUGGGGCACUGCUCCUCCGACUCCGCCCUCCUGCCCCACCUCGCGGGCCGGCCGCUGGGGUACCACAACAGCGCCUUCGGGGGGUUCGAAGGGGCGGGGCGGCCGCGGGACGAGCCGCCGGUCACCCCCGGGGGGCGGGACAGGAGGCAGGUGCUGGUGGCCCGGGCAGUCAGCAGCCCCUACCUGCCCCGGCCCUGGGGCAGAAUCUCCAGCCUGGAGUCGGAGGUCUAAACCUGGACCCUCACCUGCAGCCUGGAGGCAGGGGCCUAAACCUGGACCCUCACCUGCAGCCUGGAGGCAGGGGGUCUAAACCUGGACCCUCACCUGCAGCCUGGAGGCAGGGGCCUAAACCUGGACCCUC